AAAAUGUAUUCCUAAGUGUAUUGUUAAGUUUGAUCAAUACCACGUGUUAUGCCUCCACCCUAUCUCUAUACACUUGGCUUGUAUCUACCUUUAAUCACAAAAUCGGCUAUCAUUUGCCCUAACCAAACUUUGUUUUAUAAAAGCGGAAAGUAUUCUUAUCUUCUGAUGCAGAUACUGUAUCCCUGAACCAACAGGGGUAUUCAAUACAAUACCAACAUCAUUCUUCUUUGGACGUUUCAACUUAAUAGCAUAAGAACAUGUCACCCCUCACUGAGUGGGAUCAAGACAUUACACAAUGGUGUUUGGCUAUAGCGCUGUGAUGACCACACAUCCUGUGGGUAGCUGUGGGCUCAGGUUGUUUACAGGAACACAUGACCAAUUUCUACCAAGUGAGGGGUUUAUUUCCAACAGUUUAGUCUUUCUUUCCACUUAGUUUUGGUGCCUACAGAGAUGAUAUGUAAGGAAUCAUUACACCCMUGGUCAGUAUCUGAUGAACUUGAGGUCUUUUCAUGACAACAUUGGGCAUGAUAGCCAUCUUCAGCCUACAAGGAGCUGUCUUGGCCAUUGUGUCUGCGGCAUCUCUCAGUGUCUUCUCUGCUUUCUGUCUGUGGUGCAGGAGCAAAACCAAAAUAAUACAUGAAGAGAAUCAAAUUUAUGACCCUCAAAUAUUCCAACGCGAAGGAAGCAGAUUUGCAGUAAUGCGAUCUAAAACAGUCACACGACCCAACCAGAUUAUAAGAGAGCUGCCUCCAACACCAGUGGAACAAACACCACAAGUUGUGAAUGAGGAGCAAGCGAAGUAUCAAAAUGUUGCAACAGCUCAGAUGGGAAGCGUUGAACCAACAUAUGUAGAUCCAAUCCCAGCGUUAGUGUACCAGAAUGUUAAUGAGAGUACUAAUGCAGACACCAGAGAUUCAGAAACGGAUGGUGAUCAAUAUGAGAAUGUUUUCCCAUCUAUUGAUACAAUCAGCCGUGGCUCUGAUGGAUCAGAUUACGAGAACUCUGAAUUCCUGGAGCAAGUGAAGAUGGGGUUAGAACCGUUAGAGGAUGAUGAACCAGAUUACGUGAACGACACUGACUGAUAUGGGAUCUACAUGCUCUACGAGUGGAUAUCUAUGGGAAUGGACUUUUCUCUUUUGUUGAGCUGCCUGAAUAAAUAUUAAGUUAUAAUGAUAUGUAUGUCAAUGUGCUAUACCAGAGCAAUGCCAUUUUAGGGUUAAUGCCCAAAGUUGUAUUACUUCAUCAGGAAUUCCCUUGAGUCAAAACAUGUGAGGAACCAUGUACAGCAGGGAUGGGCAACUGGCAGCCCAUGGAUCAAUUUCCAAAACUCAGUCAGYGUUUCAAUUGACUGUUGAGAGAGAAUAGUAUAAUACACAAGGUUCACUUUUGAAAUGUGCAGUUGUGCAUCAGCAGUUAUGUCAGCCACUCAAUUAGCCUAUGCCAGCAAAAUUAUUUUAGAUUGGUAAAUUAGACUAGCGGCCAGCUAUCUAAACUUGUAGUAAUCAUGUUAAAAUUACUGUCCGGGGCCACCAUUGAUCAUCAGAGAUCAUAUUAACUGCAAUUUGUCUCUACCCUAUGGCAAAAUGUGAAUUACCGAAAAUCCACUUAACUGCUGCUACUUCCCCCCCUGUUCGGACUGCAUGUAUGGAUGUGGGUAUGCAGACCCGCGAGCCACUGUGGCCCCUCAUGAGGAGUUCUAAUUUGUGGCCCCACCCCCAUCAAUGUUGCCCAUCCCUGAUGUACAGUAUUUUUGAUUGUUUGAGUGUUACUGUGUAACUGUCACCAUCUAGUGGUACAAAAUUAAUACGAGACAGCUCCAAAUGUAAAAAAAAGUGAUUGUCAAUGUGUAUUAUUAAAUAAAUCCUUACUACAAAA